CGUUUCCCGAUUUAUCAUCGGGAUCGACAUCUUGUACUUUAUAAGAUUUCGUAAGGUAAAGUUACCGUAAACAAGGAAUUUUAUGGACUUCAAUAUUAAUUCUAAAACCCAAUGGUCCUUAAAUUUCUUUUGAGGCUUCUGCACCACGAAAAUGUUAUUCAAAAGAUUGCAGAUAGCCCUCCCAUCAGACAAGCAGCAAGAUAUGUAGUGACAAUCUACCACAGGUUUCAUGCUGGAGAAAUGGGAGAUUUAAUGAAAAAAUUUGAGAAGAUGGCUACCAAAGACACCCCCAAGUCCACUAAUGCACCACCUAAACAAAUUGGAUUCACAGAGACAUUUAAGAGAGAACUGAGAGAAGGAUUUAAAGACCUUGAACAAAAGUCUAAGAAACAAUAGUCCAGCACAUUGUUAUUACUUAAGUUAUUAAGUGUGGUGUGCUUGUAUGUGUAGUUGUAUAGAGUGAGGAAUAUGUAUGUGUCAAGAUUUUUAAUAAAUUAUUAAUCUAGUCUUCCA